CAAACUGAGAAGGACACAAAAAGAAAGGCCACCUUCUCCUGUGCCCAGUGUGAUGUCCAUGAGGAGUGACAGGUCAAAGGGCACGCCAAAGGAUCUUAAAGAACAGGAGGUCACAGAGAAUGUCAUGGAGAGACCAGACUCCCCUUUGUCCAGUGUGUCUGUGAGGAGUGAUGCAUCCAGAUUCAUCAGACCAGACGUCACAUGGGAAGGAUCCAGAGUGUCAGCUGGACGGGUGCUGUGUGAUGUCUGCCCAACUCCAGCUGUGAAGACCUGUUUGACCUGUGGGGAUUCCUACUGCAUGACCUGCAUCAGGCCUCACUACUCUGACCCAGAUCUGGAGAGACACCAGCUACAGGACCUUCAGGAUCAGAGCCUCUGUCAACAGCACCACAAACAGCUGAAGUUCUACUGCUGGACCGACCAAUCAGCAAUCUGCUCACGCUGUUAUCAUAAAGAUCACAAUGGACAUGACGUUGUGGAGCAGGCACCGACCGCUACAUGUGAUGAGAGAACGGAGCAAGUUGGGAUGCUGGGAGAUUGA